CUUUUAGCAAAUGGAACCGACAUCAAUGAUGCUACAUUAUGGAUUGUACGGAUUGCAAGUCAAGUAGUUCAAAAAAACCUUCAUCACACGUGGAUUAACGAUGAUGCACAUUUGCUGUUUUGGAAGCAGAAGUGAUAAAGUAUCACCAGGAGUAUCGGCUGAGCAUUCUGCAUCCUCGUCACCCAACAAAGAUGACACAAACCUGUACGAAAAUGAUCGUCACUGCACUGAUAUCCUAUUUAUAGCGGUCAAGGCAGCGUUUAUUCUAAUUUUGUUGGUACUCAUUAUCUACUGUAUGGCAUUUGGUGAUAUCUAUCGCAUAAUAAAUGGCUACGAUGACUGUGCCAACGUAUGUGGACGGGACAACAAACCGGAUAAGGAUCUAUCGUGCAAGGGCACAGAUCGCACCGAACAGAAGUACCUAUUGGUGGAGACGUCCGGCAUCUCAACCGAUCUGCACCGGCAGUGCGUUUCAAAAUGUGAAGACGUCGAAGGAUAUAAACCAUUCCUGAAUCGGUGCAUACGCAAGGAAAAUCCUACCAAUGAUGUGGCUACCCGUACCGGGUUGCGAAACUUCUUCCAGGAAGUAUCGGAGGACAUUGAAUCGUGCUACAUGGAAAUGCUGUGGCUCUGUGCAGUAGCAUUCGCCUUCUCCCUGCUGACACUGGUGCUGCUGCGGUUCCUACCUGGAUUUAUCGUGUGGUUUGUGCUGCUGGCCGUAAUAGUCGUGUGUACCGUGGGAACCAUCUGGCUCUGGGUCAAGUGGGACUGGGAAAAGCAGAACAUGCCCGAUCAAGCUGGCGAGGGAGCAAAAAUGAGAACCAACAAUUACCUGUACUACGCAAUCGCCGCAACGAUUGCCACCGUUAUCGUGUACUUGAUCAUACUGGUGAUGAGGAAAAGGAUUCGGCUGGUGGUGCAACUGUUUCGCGAAGCGGGGAAGGCCAUUUCCAAUAUGCCUUUCCUACUGCUCGAGCCUAUAUUGACCUUUAUAUCUAUUGCGGUGGUAAUUGCUUUGUAUGUGUACUUUACCAUGUGGGUCGAAAGCUCGGGGAUGCUAAAAGUGGAGAACAAUCAAAGUGCAAAAUAUGUUAAGGACUCGACGAUGCUCUUCACCCGAUGGUACAAUCUGCUGGCGUUCUUCUGGUUUUGUCAAUUCAUCAUCGGAUGCCAGCACAUGGUCAUUGCCGGAGCGGUAGCCUGUUGGUUCUUCACGCGGAAUAAGUCGAAACUGGGAAGUCCAAUUCUGAAGAGUUUUGCCAACUUGCUGCGGUAUCACAUGGGAACGGUGGCACUGGGAUCGUUCAUAAUAGCGUUGGUGCAGUUCUUAAGAGCAACAUUGAAACUAUUGAUGUACUACGUUCGGGAUCGCCAAAAUAAAGUGACCAACUGUAUCUUCGAGUGCUGCCAAUGUUGCUUGAGCUGUUUCGAAAAGUUUCUCCAAUACCUAACCCGAAACGCCUACAUCAUGACUGCAAUGCACGGCGAUUCCUUCUGUAGGGCAGGAAAAAAUGCCUUCCGACUGUUGACCAACAAUGCACUGCGAGUUUUUGCGAUCAACUCGGUUGGAGACUUUGUACUGAUCCUCGCCAAGGUAUUUGUAGUGGUCGUCACUUGUCUCGUCGGAAUGGAGCUUAUACAGAAGAAAACCGGACUGCAUCACCCUUACGUUCCGAUAAUCUUAGUGGGCAUCUUUGCUUACCUAGUGGCGCAUUGUUUCAUGACGGUAUAUGAGAUGACUGUCGACACCAUAUUUCUGUGUUUCUGUGAGGAUUGCGAGUCGAACGAUGGCAUCAGCAGGCCGUACUACAUGUCCCGCGGAUUGAUGGAAUUUGUGCAGGAUUCGAAAAAGGCCCUCGCGGUGCACGAUUUGCGCACGGCAAGCACGCUCAAGGACGGCAAGGCGUGGACCAGCGAAGGAUCUGGCGCGAAAAAGAGAUUAUCGAAAACAAUUUCGGAAACCGUUGACUGAUCAGAUUAAGCUUAGUUCGUAAUGAAUGAAAAUGAUGGCCUUUCCUCCAGAGAGGCACUAG